AUGCGGUCUUUGUGUCAGGUGCUCAGGCACCUAAUCUUCGCCAGCCUAACGCGUGCCCAGUUUGGGGUUCAGAAUGAUAGGUCAGUUCUCGGUAUUAACAAUGAGUUCUCAGGUGUUUGUUACACAUAUGUUUCGGUCUAUCCAGUCCUUGCCGAUCCCGAUUAUAUCACCAUCACAAAGCCCUACAGAGGCUCAGUAACAACGCAGUACACUGUCCCGCCGCAGGGCGAUGAGCCUGGUAUUGUUAUUGUUGAACAGCCGGGUGGUUCGUCGGCGCCGGAGAAUGUAGUCAUCCCUGCGACGGAUGAUAGGUCUUAUGUUAUUAUUAUUAGACCACAUUCAGGGCCGAAUCCGAUAUCUGCGCCUAUUACGCAGGUUGUUCCGCCGAGGAGUGGACAGCCAGGGCAGAUUAUUAUUGAGACGCCAGAGACGCAGGUUGGUGAUGCGACGCCAGGUGUGUUGCAGCCUCUUACGCUUGAGCCAAAGGAGUUGACUGGCUAUGUGACGGUUCUUCGACCAUUGACUGGAACAUUGGCGUCGCUGCAACUUAUCACGAUUUCACCGACCGGGACAAACCGUGGAUCGGUCAUCAUUAAUGUCCCAACAUCAGCGCUAAAUGGGGGAAGCCUACAAGGCCUUACUCUCGAACCCGCACAGGAUGGCGAUUAUGUCACUGUGAUUGAACCAGCGGGUUCAGCCUUUAGCGGAACUGUCCCAAUUCGAUUGACAGUACCACCAAGCAACGGAAAUCCUGGUACUGUCAUCAUCCAAACUCCUGUACCAGGAACUCUGAUGCCAUUGGCCCUUGAGCCUUUGACCCCUAACACGUUGGGUGCUUUGGGACUCGCUGGUCAAACCAUCACUCUUCAACCUGCCGAUGCUACCGGCUAUGUGACCAUCAUCGAACCAGCCGAAGGAAGCGUCACACCGACAGCUCCUAUCCGAACUACCAUCCCACCGACUGGUACCAAGCCCGGGACUGUACUCAUACAGACACCACCGGGUUGGAAUGAUGGGGGAGACGGUGCAGCUUCUAAAGCGACACGAACUCGACCGCAAGGCUCGGUAUCAUAUACAACUAUUACCCGUGGUGUACCCAUGGGGAUGGGUGGUUCUGACGGCGGGUCAAAUGGAGGAUCAGGGUCUGGUGAUGGUUCUGGCGAUGUCCAGGGCGUACCAGGUCAAGGCGGCGACGAUGAAUCAGGGCCGCGACAGACCCUCACCAUUCCUCCUGAGGGUGGCAACCCCGGUACCGUCAUUGUACUGACACCUGAAAACCCGAAUAAUCCACAGACUGGUAACAACGGUGGCGGCGAUAAUGGUGCCCAGGCCACGGGAGGAUCUAGCGGUGGAGGUCAAGGUAAUUCAGGUAGUGGCUCAGGCUCAUCGGGCAGCGGAAAUGGCCAGAGUGGAAGUGGAGGGAACUCCAACAACGGAGAAUCCGGAGGUGGCUCCAACAGCGGCAGUGGUAGCUCAUCUGGACAAGGAGGCAGCUCCAGCAACGGGGAUUCCACUGGUGGCGACGAUGACCCUUUAAAAGGCGGCGUUCAAGGCUCCGGCUCCGGAUCGGGAGACGGCGAUGGUGACGGUGCUUCAGGCAGUGGAGGAUCUUCAGGCUCAAAUAACGGCAAUGGGUCUGGAAAUGGCGGGUCAUCAAACUCCAGUGGAAGCACUGGCUCGGGAGGUACCCAAGGCGGCGCUCAAGGUGGUUCCGACAGUGAGGGUGGCUCCGGAGGCAGUGGUACAAGAUCUGCUGGCUCUUCUUCGAGCACCAAGGGCGCUUCUAGUGGUGGUUCUGGGGGUGGAGAUGGACCAGGGUCGGGAGAUACUGAGUCUGAAGGCGGAGGCUCAGAGGGCGGUUCAGAUUCUGGCAAUGGAAGCUCUGGUGGGAGUGGAUCGACUUCUGGCGGUAAAGGCUCCAGCGGGGAUGGAGAUAGUGACUCUGGAUCAGGAGGAAAUAAUGCUGGAGGAGCAAAUGGUGGUUCGGGUCAGUCAUCUUCAUCGCGCAGGGGAAGUACUUCUGGCCGCUCAAGCACUCGAUCACCAAUCGUUAGGACAUCGCCUUCGACCUAUGUUGUCACAUCCAGCAGCACUGUCUUCACCAUAACCGCUAAUAUUGUCGAGACUCUCACUGCCGAACCUCAGAGGACUCGUCGAUCAACCAGCAGCGGCCGUCUCACAGGUGGAGUCGAAGGGAUAGGCGGAAGUGGAAUUGCAGCUACUGAUAGAACGACAUUCAGACGCCCUUCAAAUAGCCGGUCUACGGGAUCUGCGGUCGACACAGCUGGCGGAGCUGACUCUGGAGUUGAGUCUGAUUCCACACAAACUACACGGGCUCCUGGAAAUCCUUCAAGUACCAGACAAGCUGGUGCUUCUUCAAGUUCAGGUUACACCGGUACUGUCGACACGCGUGUUCGUCCUGGAGGUAGUGGUCUGAGCUCUACGCGCAGCAGGACUUCAACUUCAGGACAAGCUUCUCGAUCUUCGAAUAGGGAGACUACUAUUGUCGAUAGUGGUCCUGUCAUAACAAAUGACCCUGGCUCUGAUGCAGAGGAAGCUACGUCAUCUGUCGGAAACGCCGCCCAGAGCUCAUCUACCCGGUCGGCCCAGAGUUCAGGUGCCUCUCAAUCAUCUAGUGCGCAAAGGCCUGUUGCAGCGAGUUCCUCGUCGGAUACUCGUUUCACUGCGAGACCUGCUGUCAUAUCGACUAGCGCUGGUAAUGCUGAGGCUGGAGGGACAUCACAGGCUUCGCAGAGAAGUAGCAGGGCUACUAGCUCGGUAUCGGGCUUCGUCGAAGGUGAACCUGGAUCAACAGCGGGAGUAAACAGCAGUGGUCCUUCUUCGGAAGAUGAUGAGGCGACAUCACGAGCUUCGAGCAGCUCCCAGUCUACUCGGUCUGGUAGUGCUGGAUCUUCUUCAGCUUCAGCGAGAUCUAGUGCUUCAACUACCUCACGCGAGGGUUCAUCUGUAUCAGAUGCAGCUCGAGGAUCCAGCGCGGGUACAUCAACAGCAUCGCAGGGCGCAGGGCAGAGCUCAAGCACCUCCAGAACAAGCGAGGAGAUCAAUAUUGAGACUAUAAUUGGUACACAGAGCGUCCCGGAGUCAGAGCGCGUGGAACAGCCUGGCGAUACGUCGACUCGUUCAGCGACAAGCAGUGAUGCCAGAUUCACAGGCCAGCCAGCUGCAGGAGUUGGGGGCUCAACCACUGCUGAGUCAAACUCAGGAACCUCAUCUAUUGAUGUUGAUGAGGACGUGACGACAUCUAGUGGAGAGUCGCUCGCUGGAGGACCUGCUGCUGGUGCUACGUCUGGAAGUUCGGGCGAGAGCUCUGUGAGCGACGACUCUGAUGCUGAGACUUCCUCCGCUUCUAGAGAUCCUGGCUCUAGAACGGCAUCUGAUGAUGCUUGGGAGACUAGAGAUGCUACUGGUACUGCUCAACCUGAAGAUGGCGAGACAAGCUUGAUCUCGCCUCAAGUGCCAGGGUCCACUGAUCCAUUGCCAGAAUCUGAAUCCAACAGUCGGUCGCUCACUGGCGGAGUAGAAGGUAUACCUGACAUGAGUGACUCAUCGUUUGAGUCGCCAGAGCUGCCACUGCCGACUGCGGUAUCAACCGGUCCCCUUCCCGACUCUAAUCUUCUGUCUACAGCAACUGAUGAUGAGUCUUCGGGAGCAUCUCCUGGAUUUGAAGUUCCCACUGGUUCACAAGCUGCGCCUUCUGAUGAUGACCUUGACCCUGGCUCAGGAGUUACCGCUACAGAUGGGCCUACAGGUAGUGAUGCCUCGGAGCCUGAUGCUUCUUCCGACUCCUCGAGAGAUGAAGAGACUGAGACAAGAUCCUCAGAUCCGGAUGAGACUGGCACUGGGGCUUCUACACAGCCAUCACUGAGUGCCUCGCUAAGUGAUGGCGAUGGUGAAGGCGCCAGAACCACAGAUGAAGCAGGCGUCGAGCCAUCUGAUACAGAUGCCAACGUGGAAAGCGAGACAUCUGGCCCUGAUGCUACUUCUGAUGGUUCUCGAUCUGAAGCUGGUCCCAGCACUGAUGAAGAUGGACAGACCAUCACCGACGGAUCUGGAGGAAACCCCACAGCUGUCAUCCCAACAGAUAGCAGCCUAACUACUGAAGCUCCUGGCGGCGCAAUAGCAACCAUCACCGUCUUCAGAGCAGGCCGUGGCCCAGCCCGAACAACCCUCUACGUCCCUCCCCAAGCAUCCAACGAUCCAUGGACUGUCGUCAUCGAGACACCAGUUUCAGAGACUCAAUCUGAAGCUGCAACUGCUCGUGGAGACGACGAUAUUCUUGCUACCACAUCUGCUAUAGGUGGUAACACCAAUGUUACGAUCUUCAGAGCUGGAUCUAGCCCAGCGAGAAGGACUAUUUAUGUUCCUCCUAGGUUUGCGAAUGAGCCUGGUACCAUCGUUAUUGAGACACCAACUGGGACUGCUAUCGCGAGUGCGACUGAGACUGGGAUUGAUACACCUAGUGUUCGACCCAACAUCACGGUCUACAGCUCUGGUACUGCUUCCAGCAGAAUUACCAUCUACGUGCCUCCUACUGCUUCAGAUGGAGAUGGGUAUAUCAUCAUUGAGACCCCUGCCUCUGAAGUUGAACCCGAUGCCACUGAAAGCGCUGAGGAUGGCAGUGGUCCUACGGCUGGGACGCCCGCUGGUAUCGCCAAUGUCACAGUCUACAGUUCCGGUACUGCGUCAGAAAGACGAACCCUCUAUAUUCCGCCCACUGCCCCUGGCGAGGCUGGUACAAUCAUCAUCGAGACUCCAGUCUCCGAACCUGAUCCAGAAGAGAGCAGGGGUACUGACGGCGGCAGCCAGACUACUGGUCUUGAACCUGGUGUCAGACCCAAUGUGACUGUCUACAGUUCAGGCACUGCCUCCGGGAGGAUUACUCUGUACAUCCCGCCUACAGUAUCUGGUGAAGCCGGAACCAUUGUCAUUCAGACACCAAUCUCCGACCAAGAUUCUGAUACUAUAACUGGAGGUCCCGGAGAUGAGAGUGGGAAUACUGCCACUUCUGAUGGCAGAACUGCUGUGACUAUCUAUACCGAAGCAACUGGGUCUACUGGAAACACUAGAUACAUCUCGCCAACCGUUUCUGGAGAGCUGGGCACUUAUAUCAUUGAGACUGUUGCCUCGGAAGCUGGCGAAGAGACUGCUUCGGAUGAAUCAGCUCGGGCCACAGGCUCUGAAGCCUCCAUCACACCAGUUCCCACCGACGAGGGCUCGCCUGGAAACAACUUAAAUGUUACUCUCUACCGAGCUGGAGAAGGUUCAGAGAGGAGCACCAUCUUCAUCCCACCAGAGACUACUGAGACAGGAACAGUUCCAGGGUUCCAAACAACAAUCUCCGCUAUCACCGGAAGUGCCAACCUGACUAUCUUCAGAGCAGGUGUUGCGUCUACACGAAACACAAUCUACGUAGCGCCCAAGACAUCCGGAGGCCCAGGAACUGUCAUCAUCGAGACACCUGUUCCGAGAACCCAGACUGGUAGCCUUACAGUCAAUCCUGAAGCACAACCAACUGUUGGUGCUGGAUCAAAUACUACGAUCUUUGUUCCAGGUACCGGUCCUGGACGAACGACUUACUACGUUCCGCCGGCAGAUCCUAAUGACCCUGGCACUGUUUAUGUUGAGACUCCUGUGUCGGAUGAGGAGACCGAGGGGCCCACAGAGGGGCCGUCAGCUACUGGAGAUAGUGAAGGUACUGUCGUAGCUGCAACAACAGUCACUAUCUUUAGCGGUGGGCCUGGAUCCGUCACGCGCACAGUCUAUGUCCCACCUACUGCCUCAGGAGAAGCGGGCACGCUCUACAUCGAGACGCCGACUGGAUCGGCCACUGGUGAAGAGCCUAUCUCAGCGACAAGAACCGUCACCGUCUACACUGGUGUCCCGGGCUCAGUUACAAGGACAGUCUAUGUGCCUCCUACAGCGAUUGGUGAGCCAGGUACUUUAUUCAUCGAGACACCUGUCGAUGGCACCCAGGCUACAGUCACAGAAGAUGAGAAUGCUAUAUCUGCCGCAACGACUGUCACCAUCUUUAGUGGUGGACCAGGAUCCGUUACGAGAAGUGUGUAUGUUCCUCCAACUGCUUCAGGAGAGGCAGGCACUAUGUACAUUGAGACUCCCACAGAUGGAGCCGAAGCUACUGCAGGUAGUGACGGGGAUGUCAUAUCUGCCGCGACUACUGUCACCAUCUACAGUGGAGGUCCCGCGGCAGUUACAAGAACUACUUACAUCCCACCGGCGGCUUCUGGCGAGGCUGGAACUCUUGUGAUUGUUACUCCUACAGCCGGGUCAGAUGCCAAAACAGCUAGUGAUGGCGAUGAUGGUUCUGAGACUGGGUCUAUCACUGGUGCGGGGGAAAUUACAGCCGGAACAACUGUCACUAUCUUCAGUGGCGGUUCAGGCUCUGAAACACGAACUAUCUACAUCCCUCCCACCGUCUCGGGUGAAGCUGGUACACUCAUCGUGGAGACACCCACGUCUGGUCCAGGCGGUGAUGACUCCAGUAUUACAGGUACAGGACUCAGUGGCCCAACUGCAAUUGUCACCCCUGAAGGCCCAGGCAACGUUACUAUCUAUAGCGGCGGACCUGCUUCCUCAACAACCACUCGUUUCAUCCCUCCUACUGCAUCCGGGGAGCCUGGUACUAUAGUCAUUGAGACACCAACAGCUGGACCUCAAGCUACAGGCAUUGGAAAUGUUACUAUCAUCACAGGUGGUCCUGCUACAGUCACCCAGACUCGGUAUAUCCCUGCUACGGUGACUGAUGAGCCCGGGACUAUCGUCAUCGAAACACCGACUUCUCAGGUUGAUGAGGACGGAGGUGCAGGAAACACUACUAUCUAUAGUGCUGUGUCUGCUACUGGUACUCGCACUAUCUACAUUCCACCCACGGUAUCUGGCGAGCCUGGAACCGUUAUCAUCGAGACUCCUGCUGUGAGAGCAGUGACUGUUUACACAGAUGGUCCUGCAUCAACUACUCGAACGCUCACUAUUCCCGGUACAGCCUCAGGCGAUCCUGAUACAAUUCUCAUCGAGAUUCCCACUUCAGGUCCAGACUCUGGCCCUGCUAAUGUCACCGUUUACACCGGAGUCUCUGCCACUGUCGCUACUACUCGUUUCAUUCCUGGUACAGCUUCAGAUGAACCUGGAACGUUCAUUGUUGAAACACCACUUGGCAGUCCAACUUAUGUGACAGUCUACAGUGGUGGACCAGGUACAGCUGUUACAACGAUCUACUUGACACCAAGUGAAUCUGGUGAUUUUACCACUAUGAUCAUUCAGACUCCAACCCAAGGGUCCGAGGAGUCUGCUACAGGUGAUAGUGAAGUUCGCGAGACUGGAACCAUUACAGAAGCUUCAGGCACAUCAGCGACUCGUCGUGGGAACGUCACCAUUUACACCCAAGCGCCUGGAACAGCUGGCGGAACAUUCUACUUCCCACCUGAUGACCCAGAAGAGUCGGGUACUAUCAUCAUUGAGACUUUGCCUGGCGACACUGAAGAAACUGGUGCUGAAUCUACUGAAGGUCCAGUCGCCCCAACUGCUGGUGGCCGGGUCAAUACUACGAUCUUCAGUGGCGGUCCAGUAACUGCACCUAGAACAUUAUACAUAUCGGCGACAAUUUCUGGGGAGCCAGACACCGUGCUUAUAGAGACACCAACCACAAGCCCAGAAACAGAGGCUUCAGAGUCAGCGACAGGCCAGCGAUACACAACCAUCUUUGGUGGAGGGUCUGGAACGGCCACGAGGACUAUCACCAUUCCUGCUACUGUAUCUGGUGAGCUGGAUACUAUUCUGAUCGAAACACCCACUGGUGGAGUUCCCGAAGUCACAAUCACUAGAGGCGGACCCGUCUCAGUCGCUACCACUAUUACUAUUCCCGGUGCGCCUGACGAACCUGACACUGUUCUCGUUGAAACUCCAACUGAAUCCGACGAUGCUGAGCCAUCAGAGAGUGCUAAUAGCCCUGGCGAAGUGACUUCCACUCGCGGCGGACCAGUUACAGCUGCCACGACGAUCACAAUACCUGGUCAAUCAGGCCAGCCAGACACUGUGAUUAUUGAAACGCCGACUCGUGCGGCUGAUGUCACGAUCACCAGAGGAGGGCCAGUUUCAGUCGCCACGACUGUGACAAUCCCUGGAGCACCUGGUGAACCUGAUACAGUGCUUGUGGAAAUACCAAUUGAGUCUGCAGACAUAUCUGUGACUGGAAGGGGUGCGGGCGAAAUAACUUCUACUCGGGGCGGACCAGUCACGGCCACAACUACGAUCACCAUCCCGGGUAUAUCAGGGCAGCCAGAUACUGUUAUCGUUGAAACACCCACAACAUCCUCUGAUGGUGAGGAAUCUACAGCUACUGCAGACGGUCCAGUUCAAGUAACAUCUACCCGAGGAGGAGCAGUAACAGCUGCAACUACUCUCACUAUUCCCGGCGAGUCAGGCCAGCCAGACACCGUUAUUGUUGAAACGCCUACAAGAUCUUCAGGUGGUGAAACAAUAGGCACUGCAGGCAGCCCAGGAGAGGUGACUUCAACAAGAGGAGGACCUGUAACUGCGGCGACUACCAUCACCAUCCCUGGAGGACAGGGUGAGCCGGACACUGUCAUCGUCGAGACCCCAACGAGGUCAAAUGAGCCUGCUGUAACUGGCGGUGUUCAAGCAAUCACUUCGACAAGAGGUGGACCUGUGACAGCAGCAACUACUAUAACCAUUCCUGGCGAGUCGGGCCAGCCUGACACGGUUAUCGUUGAGACACCUCAAUCUUCUGAUGAAGAUGGACCAUCUGCAACUGAAGAUAUUCAAGAUGAAGUUACCAUCACUCGAGGCGCCCCUGUGACUGCUGCCACUACCGUUACUAUUCCUGGAGUAUCUGGUGGUCCGGAUACAGUUUUCAUUGAGACACCAACAACGUCGAAUGAACCUUCAGUUACUGGCGGAGUACAAGCGAUUACUUCUACUCGAGGUGGAUCUGUGACAGCUGCGACAGCUAUUACAAUCCCCGGGGAAUCAGGUCAACCAGAUACCGUUAUUAUUGAAACACCUCUAUCUUCUGGCGAGAUUGUGCCGUCUGCAACUGAGGGUCAAGAUCCGGUCACUAUCACUCGCGGUGGACCUGUAACUGCUGCCACGACAGUGACUAUUCCUGGAGUGUCUGGUGGUCCAGACACUGUGUUUGUUGAAACACCCACUCAAUCUUCUGAAGAGCCUAGAGUAACUGCUGUUCAGCAAGUCACAAUUACUCAGGGCGGUCCAGUAACAGCUCCCAUUACAGUUACCGUCCCUGGAGUAUCCGGCGGUCCUGAUACUGUUUACAUCGAGGUACCUACAGAGUCUGUUAGAACUGGAACUGUCCAAGAGGUUACAAUUACGCGGGGUGGCCCUGUAACAGCUGCCACAACGGUCACUAUUCCUGGCGGAGCGGGAGAGCCAGAUACUGUUUAUAUCGAAACGCCUACCGAGCCUGCUGGCGGGGGUAGUGAAAUUCCAGUAACCGGAGCCGUUCAGGAAGUUACUAUUACGAGGGGCGGCCCAGUCACAGCGGCAACCACAAUCACAAUAUCUGGUGUUUCUGGAGAACCAAACACGGUCUAUAUUGAGACACCAACGGAAUCCGUAGCUAGAGGUACAGAACCGCCAGUGACUGGAGCUGUUCAAGAAGUUACUAUCACGCGUGGAGGUCCCGUCACAGCAGCAACAACUAUUACUAUUCCCGGAGCUUCUGGCGAGCCAGAUACUGUUCUUGUUGAAGUUCCGAUUGAGUCUGCUGAACGAUCCUCGGAAACUGGCUCUUUACGUGAGGUCACUAUUACAAGAGGUGGUCCUGGGACAGCUGAAAUAACUCUCACAAUCCCCGGCGAAUCUGGUGGACCUGACACUGUACUGAUUGAGACUCCAACUGGCUCUUCUGGCGGUGAUGGUGAGCCUUCUACAACUAGUUCUGUUCGAGAAGUUACUAUCACACGUGGAGGACCAGUUACAGCUGCGACAACACUUACGAUUCUUGGUGAGUCCGGAGGGCCAGAUACUGUAUUGGUCGAGGUCCCGACGAGUUCAUCUAAUGAAGCCGGUUCUACCCAAAGGGAAGUCACAAUUACUCGUGGUGGCUCUGUUACAGCUGCUACAACUCUCACUAUACCCGGAGCUUCGGGCCAGCCAGAUACUGUUGUCAUCGAAACCCCAACUGAGUCUAGCAGUGAGGCAUCAGAAACAGAUGCUAGACAAGGAGAAGUUACAAUUACCCGAGGUAGCCCUGUCACAGCUGCAACCACAAUCACCUUGACCGGUGUAUCAGGCGGACCAGAUACCGUUAUCGUCGAAACUCCGACCGAGUCUUCAACUGAGCCCUCGCAAACUAAUAACCGUCAAGAGGUCACCAUUACCCAAGGUGGCCCUGUCACAGCCGCGACAACGAUCACUGUUCCAGGCUUAUCAGGAGAACCAGACACUGUCAUCAUCGAGACGCCUACUGGUGCUUUUGAGACUCCAAACAAUGCACUCGCCAACGUCACUGUCUACAGUGGCGUUCCUGUCUCGGUUACCCGUACCAUUUAUUUCCCACCCGCGGCAUCUAGCGAGGCUGGCACUAUUGUUAUCGAAACACCAGAUGGUUCUAGUCCCACGGAAACUGCCCGUGGACCUGGAAAUGUCACUAUAUACACUGGUGUCGCUGGCACAGCUACAAGAACCGUCUUCAUACCUGCUACAGCUUCAGGAGAGCCAGACACAGUACUCAUUGAAACGCCAACAGGUUCUUCUGGUGGUGAGAGGACGACAGGAAGUGUCGUCGCAACAGCGACAGGACCUCUCGCUACCUCUGAGGGCAGGCUCAAUACUACAAUCUUCAGUGGUGGAUCUGGUUCUUCAACUAGGACGGUCUACUACCCACCAGCUUCUGAUGGCCCCGAUGGCCCUGGAACCGUUGUUAUCGAGACACCAACCUCUGGUUCUGGAGAGGAAGAUCUUGAGGAAACAAGAAGUGCCAUUUCUACCGGAGGCCCGGCUAAUAUCACACGUAUUGUUGGAGGUCCUGCUUCGGUCACCACCACUAUCUACAUCCCACCAACUGCUUCUGGUGAGCCGGGUGUUGUGAUCAUUGAGACGCCAACAUCAGGCCCCGAGGGUGAGACAACGACUAGUGAUAGUGCGGAAAUCACAGCUUUCCCAGUGGGCAGACAAAACGUCACUCUGUACAGCGGUGGUCCAGGUUCGGUUGUAACGACAAUCUACUACCCGCCUGCGUCAAGCGAUCCUGACGAGCCUGGUACGGUGGUGAUUCAGACCCCAACAGCUGGCCCUGAAGAAGAGAUAUCAUCGACUUCUGCAAGUGAAGCUGUUGCACCAAUCCAGAACAUUACUCGCAUCGUGGGAGGUCCCGCAUCUGUCACAACAACAAUCUACAUCCCUCCUACAGCAUCGGGUGAGCCUGGAGUUGUCAUUAUUGAGACGCCUAUAGCCAGUCCUGGAGAGAAAGAAACAUCACCAGCGUCUAUCACCGCAACCUCCAGCGACGAGGCAGCAACUGGUAUUCCCUAUAUCACUCGCUACGUCGGGGGUCCAGCUUCCAUCACGACAACAUAUACAAUACCCCCUGUCUCGUCUGGAGACCCAGGAACAGUGGUCAUCCUAACCCCUUCUGCCAGCCCUAGCGAGAGCGAGGCUUUCGCUUCAGAAACUGAGAUUCCAAACGUCACUAGAUACAUCGGUGGCCCAGCUUCAGUCACUACGACCUACACCAUUCCUCCAGCCUCGCCUGGAGAGCCAGGUACUGUUGUUAUUCAAACCCCAACCGCCAGUCCUGAAGAAAGUGCUACGUCUUCCCCUUCAGCUGAAGCGCCAACCGAAAUCCCAAAUGUCACUCGGUAUGUUGGCGGGCCAGCGUCAGUUACUACAACCUAUACCCUCCCUCCGGCUUCUUCUGGAGAGCCGGGUACGGUGGUCAUUCAGACUCCCUCAGCUAGCCCCGCUGCGGAAACUACUUCUAACGAGCCUGUCACAAGUGUUGAGUCUCCAAGCGCAAUUCAGAACGUCACUCGCUUCGUCGGAGGUCCAGCAUCAGUUACUACAACAAUCUACAUUCCCCCUGCUGCAUCUGGUGAACCCGGCACUGUACUCAUCCAAACUCCAAGCUCUGCUCCAGAGGAGACUUCAUCCUCAUCAGCCGCAAGCACAGCACGACCACCAUUAGUUGCACAGAACACAACCAUCUUCGGCGGCGGAGCAGGCUCAACCACAAGAACCAUCUAUAUCCCCCCUGCCUCAGAAGGCGAGCCAGGAACAGUCCUCAUCGAGACCCCGACUGCUAGCCCUUCAGCUUCAACCACUCCCAUCACUAGCGCACCAGCAGGCAUUCCAACAACUUCCACUCCAGUCGUCGCUGGUACCAAUGUCACUAUCUUCAGAGCUGCUCCUCCCACGGCUACAGCUGAACGAACGCUGUAUGAUCCACCAACUGCGGCUGGGGAGCCUGGUACUGUUAUUAUCGAGACAAUGGUUGUGUCUUCGACUUCUGGCUCGGCUGCGCCGUUGAGUAUGGAAGGUCCUGCUGUCACGACUUUGAGUGGUAGUUCAACAAGUUCUUCUGCUAUCGCUUCACCCUCAUCUACGUCAAGUAGCGCGGCGGCAGCAGCGAGCUCAUCGAGCAGUGCUGCUGCAGCAGCGGCGGCUUCGAGUUCAUCCUCUGUUGCAGCAGCUGCCGGUUCCUCGAGUAGCGCAGCAGCCGCCGCGGCAACUUCAUCAAGCAGUGCUGCAGCUGCAGUUGCCUCAAGCUCGUCCAGUGCUGCUGUCGCCGCUGCAUCAUCAACGUCAAGUGCAGCUCCAGCACCAGUCACCACAAGCUCAACCAGUGCUGCACCCCCAGUAAUCACCACCUCCAGCAGCGCAGCUGUCCCUGUAGUCGCCACCUCUUCCAGCAGUACCUCCAGCACGAGCAUGAUGCCCCAGCUCGCAUUUGGCCCAACAUUCGACUGCGAUGGCUUCGGCUACACCGUCCAAAGUCUUCUCGCCAACACUCUCACACGCGUCAAUCUCGUCACCGGUCAACGAACAGAUAUCAGAACAGGCAUUGGUCCUGGCGGUCCUAUCAACGGUAUCGGCUUCAACAGGCUCGACAACUACAUCUAUGGGUUUUACCAACAACCUUUGGUCAACGCCGUUCUUUGUGGCCUGUUAGGAUGCAAGCGAUCAGGACUUAUUCGCAUAGCUAAGGAUGGUCGAUGGGAGAUCCUUGAUCUUGUGAUCGGUACCAAUGCUAUCAGUAUGGGUGAUGUUGAUGACCAAGGAAGGUUCUGGGUAUCCGAAGGCGGGGGCAGAUGGUGGUGCAUUGAUUUGAGACCGACUAGUAGCACUUUCGGCCAGCUUCUGAGCUCUGGCACGUCAGCUACAAAUCUCCUCUCUGGAGUGGGAGAUUGGGCGUAUGUCCCCGGCGGAGGCAACUAUCUCUACGCCACACAAGCAUCAGUCAUCGAGAGUGGCCUCCUCAGAACAAACAUCGUUCGAUGGUCGUUGACCACGCAAAAGUGGGAGCGCUUCCAAACCUACCCCAACCUCGUCCUCACAACUCUCAACCUCGUCUGGGGUGCCGUCAUGGCAGCACCGGAUGGAACACUCUUCGCCCAGGAGACAGUAUUGGGUCAAACGUGGAAAUUCACACUUGGGUCCGCGGCAAAUCCUACACCUAUACCAGGUGGUGCUAUUCUGAACUUGCUAGGAUCGGAUGGAGCCAGGUGCGCGGGUACUUUAGUUUCAUGA